AUGUGUAUGGCCAAUAUUGAUAAUUCAAUUAUUUUGCAUGGUAGUCCUAAAAAACAAACUGGAUGGGAUUAUAUACGAUAUCCAUAUAAAUCAGUUUAUGGAUUACCAAAUUCAUUGUAUUGUGACGAAUCGACUAGAAAUAAAUUUAAUGAAUGUGAAAUAUCAUUUCAUAGAAAAUGGGAAAUUGCUGUUGAUCAUUAUUUUUAUGAAACAAAGAAAUUUUGCUGUUUCAUUUUGGAAACGAUGAAUUGUGAAUUGGAUGUUGCAAAAAAAUGUAAUGAACAAUAUUCGAAAAAAUUAGAAUCAAAUACAAGAGAUACAUUUAAAAAAGUAUGUGAUAAAAUUGUUGGUUCUAAUUAUGGUUGGCAUUGUUGGUGGACAGAAAAAAGAAUAAUUAAUGCUUGGAUUAUAACUGGAGUAAUUCUGCUUGUCAUUACAGUUGCCUGUGUUGCUGGAUUGAUAAUUAAUAAGCAUAUAAAAAACAAAAAAAUGGAAGCAGUUGAUAAAGCAAUGGAUAAUGCAAGAUUAAAAACACCAACAACAACACCAUUAAAACGGAGAAGAGUUCCGCCAAAAACUACUUACGUUGACAAAGAUUUAAUUAAAGAAUAUCAUAAAAUUUUAAAAAUAAAAAGUCAAUAUGAUAUUUGGGGAGGUUAUUUUAAAGAAAGCGACGAAAAUUCAAAAUGGUAUUUGAAACGUUUUCCAUAUAAACCUAUUUAUGGUAUACCUGAUUCAUUAGAUUGUGAUCAAUCAAUUCGACAACGAUUUAAUGAAUGUGAAAUAUUGUCACAUGAAGAAUGGGAUGUUUCUAUUAAUGAAUAUCUUUUUAUCACAAGACGAUUUUGUUGUUUUGUAUGGGAUUCAAUGCAUUGUGAAUAUAAUAUUGCCGCUAAAUGUGAUGAAGAUUUUUCAAAAAAACUUAAAAAUAUUACAUUGGAAUCAUUUGAAAAAGCAUGUGAUAUAAUUUCAGCAACUGAUGGAAGUUUUUGUUGUUUGUUUUCAUUAACUUUUAACAAAACAUUUAAAAAUAUAGUCUAUGUAUUGACGUUCAUAAUAAUGUUUAUUGUAAUAUCUUAUAGAAUAAAUGAUGCUUGUAAUUAUGCUAAAAAAUUAAAAAUAAUGAAUAAUAAUAAUCAAAAUAUGUCUGAUGGACCAACAAAUUUUCGAAAUGUAAGAAGUAAAUCAAUCAGUCAAUUCCAAUUUGAUAAUAAAACUGAUACACUGAAUGUUAGACGAACAUUAUCAGCACCAACACUAUCAGUACCACCGACACCACCACCACAACCAACAUCAAUAGUUUCAAUUCCAACAACAGUAAUUAAUCAAAUAUCGGGAAUAAUACAACCAAAUAAUGUUGAUAUAUUUGAAAAAAUGUUAACAAAAUUUUUAUAAUUAUUACUGAA